UCUUCCCCCGAUAUGAAGGAGUAACGGCCGGGCUUCACGUACGGAUCCAAACGGGCAUGUACAGUGACAACAACUGUCACAUGUCAAAAUUUCCGGAAAUCGCAUUCCGCGGUGUGAACUUUGAAGUUCCAUUAGGUUUCGGUUCGACGGGAAACCAGAAGAUGUACGGCGGAGAGUUCGACGGCAGCGCCGCCUUCUCCGGCGGUGGUUUCAUGCCUUCUCAGGCCACUACUCAGGGCCCUGACUCCUUCUCUUCCUACAAGAAUCGUGAUGUCCGCACCUUGCUUCCCCUGACACUGAAGCAACUGAAUAGUAUAUCUACAAAUGGUGAAUCAAACUUCUUCAUAGAUGGCGUUGAAAUCAACACUGUUGCUAUCGUGGGGCGGGUCUGUAGCAUGGAGAACAGAAUCACUCAGGUCGACUUUGUUAUUGAUGAUGGGACUGGCCGAGUUGAAUGUGUUAGAUGGGUUCAUGAACGUCAAGACACAGAUGAGAUAGAAGCGGUCUCGCUGGGGAUGUAUGUCCGUGUGCAUGGACACUUGAAGAGCUUCCAGGGGAAACGUUCCUUGAACAUUUUCUCAAUAAGGCCUGUCACCGACUUUAACGAGGUUGUGCACCACUUCAUUGAGUGUAUGUAUGUCCAUAUGUACAACAGUAAAUUAAGGGGUGGUAAUACUCCUAAGUCUCAAAUGCCGUAUUCGACAACGCCAUCCUCUGCAAAGGGGUACCAAGCUGGCCCAUCGAAUCAGUUCGCUGGCCAACAUAACGAUGCAAUGCAUGGCAUAAGGCAGAUGGUCCUGAAUUACCUGAAUCAGCCCGCUCACCUUGCGUCUGAAGCUGGGGUACAUUGUGAUAUAAUCGCCCGAGACCUUAGAGUUUCGCUGCAGAAUGUCAGGGACGCUUUAGAUCAACUAUCAAACGAUGGCUGUGUUUACUCCACAAUGGACGAAUCUUGCUUCAAAUCAACAGCAAAUGCUUGAAUUUGCAAAGCGUAGAUGCCAAGGUAUCCCCCCCCCCCCCCAAUUCCAAUCAUUUUGGUACCAAACGGAGUUCCCACAAGUUUUUAUGAAUAUGCCUGCCCAGUGGUUUUGGACAGCGAAUAGGCUUUAAGGUUUCGGAUAUCUGCAUAGUCGUAGACUUCAACCUUAUCCGAUUUAAGUCCGAUCAAGUACCUUUGGAGGAGGGUACACUGUUAUGGGGCUUAGUCUUGCUUUCGAACAUAUGGUAUUCUCUUCUAUGUUUCAAGUCAUAGAUCGGAUUAAAUAUUAAGGAAUCACUGAUUACUACGAGCCAAAAUGCCCAGAAGCUUAGCAAAUGAAUAACAAGGAUGACGAUGUUUGAUUGUUUUGUUAAUCAAAACUAUCUUCCGUCA